AUGGAGUUUACGCCGGAUAAUCAUGUCGCAAUCAUUGUUAUUGCGGCAGUAGUUGGAUUGGUCUGGUCGAUAUUGAUGAUUAUAAUGAGAAUAUACUUGCGAUUGCGUCUUAUUCCUCCGCUUGGUAUUGCGGGCGUAGUUCAGACAUCCGUAACACUGCACGCUGUGCACAACGGCAUCGGCAAACAGGAAGACUUACUCGCGCCCGACGACGUUGAUACCGGGUUGAAGGUGUUCUCUGGGGAGUUGUUUCUGUCAUUGUGGCAGCAACGCAGUGUAAGCUGCCGCAGCCAUGGAACAUUGGGGCGUCCCAUCAAUGCGAUAGCAUGGUAUAGUCCAUACCCAGUCAGUCCAUAUAUAUUACACAGUAUAAUCUUUCUAACCUGUCUCAUGGUCAUCAAGUUCGUCCGAUGGACUGUUGUUGAGACGGGAAAUAUGUUGAUCGAGCUGCUAAUCCCCGGCCUCAUCAUUAUGAUGCUUUGGAAUCUUCAGGCACGAUUAAAGGCAAAGCUUACAGUCCUGUUGGCCUUUUCAGUGCAACUUCUAUGGUCUAAUACCAUGCCUCCAAUAAGUGUCGCAAUCCCAACAAUCUUCCGAUUAUUACUCCUCCACGAAAUGACGACAGAAGACAUUCGUAAUGACCGGACUUUCGCAUUGACUAAUACGGUAGUGCUCACCGAAAUCACGAUGCACUUUUCCCUCAUGGCUGCUACCUUUCCAUGUCUUCGCAGGUUCCUGCAGGCGUUUGAUACUCAUCUAGGCGCAACCACGCAUAUGACUGCUGACCUUGACGGCACAGACAACACUGGUUUAGAGGGAAGUUAUGUGCUGAGGUCCUUAGAACGACCCUCUCAGGGAGCAGGGAGCAGCUUCGAGCAGUGGCCUCGAAAUAGUCGCCGACCCGGUCGGAAAUAUCAACCACAUACCGUGACAACCAUUUCAGCGGGCAGGGAUUUGAAUCCUCAGUCACAUGGGGCCGAUGGAGGGAAAAGGGAAUGCAUGGGCAAUCAUGAUAUAGAAAGUGGGAGUGUAGAAAGCGACGAUAGCCAACUUGCCAUAAUCAGGCGGACGCAGCAUUGGGAGGUUACGAUAGAGUCGAGAGGAAAGUGAUGCAGACAUGUAUUACUCGUGUCUGAUGAUGCUGGCCUGUGUUCCGACCUACCGUGUUCGUAGCGUGUUGUUAUAGAAGCUUGGAUUCCAUAGCUCUUGAAUACAAAAUUAUUCAUAUAUUGCAAUCACAUACAUAGUUCUCUUUGCUGAAGCUAUACAUCUGGGUCAGUGCUCUAGUGCCCAAAUGAGGUGACUGUAGCAGCCUUGGCCUCAUCACGAUGCUCCUUCUGCCAUUUCUUGGAGUAACCCACACCAAAGCCAUCGCUGAAGACUUCGCGGAUGGCCUCUAGAGGCAUGCCCUUGCAUUCCGGGAAGAAGAACAAGACGAAUACCCAGCCAGUGAAGCAGAUGCCAGUGUAGAACCCAAAUGCACCGCUCGGCGUGAUGCCCUUCAUCAUGGACAGGAAGGUAGAGGAAAUGAUAAUAUUGGUACUCCAGCAAGUAACGGUGUUCUGUUCCGCGACUGUUAGUCAUAUCGAAC